CUCUACCUAAAGGCAUGGCAAGGCACUCAACUAUCUCUGCCUCAGAGAAACGUGUGCUCUUCUGCCAUGAAAGAAGCUCGCGAUCAUCAACUGCCUCAAGUGCUUGAUCUCUCAUCUAUCAUUUGUCAGAUCGUCAGAUUGGUCAUGAUGCUGCCAUACUCCUUCACCACCGCGCCCCCUUCCGAGCCAGAGGGUUGGGAUGCUGCCGACAUCCUGGAGCUCACCAACCCUGUCACGAAAAGAUGGUCGUGCCCGACCAUGACCCUGCGGAACCGGCGCUGCGAGAACGUCGUCAGCCAGGGACGCAGCAUCCAAGUCACGACCAUGAUCAACAACAUGGCCAUCCAAGACGCCCGGGUGGUUGUCAGAGACGAGAACCGCGAGCUGACCAACCUGGCCCGGGGUAUGCUCUGCCCUAGGCACGUCAGCGACGACAAGGCUGCGGGUGUCGUCGCGCUUUGGAAAAACCAUAUCAAGACUUGGAUGCGCGCCCAAGCCCAAGCCCAGCCCCAAGGAGUAAAGUACACCCCACGAGCCCCAGAAGCUGCAUAUCAGCCAAACAGCGCCCCAGCUGGGCCUCCACCUCGAUACACGCACAUACCUUUGGAGCAAACCGCCAAAACACAUGACGUACAAAUCCGCCAAACUGUGUCGACGGUGCUCGAUACCUCCUUAUCGUUAACCCAAAGCCCAACAUCACACCCGGUAACACCACCGCCGGUGACACCACCACAGCCACCACCACCUCCUUCCUCAACCUACGGCGCCACCUUCGACGCCGACGCGCUCAGACAGCUCAUGACCAAGUUCACCCGGCUUACAGAUGAGAUCCAGACCCUCAAGGACGCGAACCGAAGGCUGCGGGACGAGAACGCGUGGAUCGCCGACAAGGAGAGGGAGACGGCCGCGGAGCACCGCCGCACAAGGCGCGAGCUGGACGAGGUCGAGGAGGAGUGCAACGUCCUCGCCGAACAGGUGGACGAGCAGUACGGGGAGAUAAACGAGCUGCGGGCGCGGGAGGACAGGCACCUGGAGAGGAUCGCGGCGCUGGAGGGCGCGGCGGAGAAGAGCGGCCGGGCGUACCGCAGGCGUGAGAGGGCGCCGGCGGUGGCGUCUGCGCGUGUGGUGAGGAAGGAGGAUGAUUAUGAGGACGAGGACGAGGACGAUGGAUGAGGUGUGAUUUGAGAUCUGGGUUGUUCAUUCUUCUACUGGCUACCAGGUGUCUUCGGGGAUGGUUAUUUUGACAGUACGGUGCUCAUUGUACGGCGAACACGCACAUUGGGCGUGGUGGUUUUGUAUGUACGGACUUUUCCUCCGCAGCUUUCUGUAUCUCGUUCUGGUUCAGACAUGGCUGAUGGAUAGGAGAAGAGUCCCUUGGCUAUCGGUCUGCCAUGUCCCCCGUGGCUACUACUUGAGAGCCCUGGAGUGUUGGUCUCGGGAUUUGGCAUUGGACACCCUCUGUCAAAGCGUUGAUUGGGACACCACAAAUCAUUGGCGCGACACCUUGAUGUGUUACUGCAGAUCCGUUGCAGGAGCAAGG